AUGUCGAAGCCGGAUACGUCGGGUAGGAUGAUCAAAUGGGCAGUGGAAUUAGGAGAGUUUGAUAUCGAGUUUCAGACAAGGAACGCGAUAAAGGCGCAGGUGUUCGCCGAUUUUCUGGUCGAGUUCGCGGGAGAACAACCGCAGAAAGAGGAACGAUGGCUCUUACAUGUAGAUGGAUCCUCGACCUCGAAAAACGGACGAGCAGGCAUCUAUUUGCAAGGACCGGAUGGAGCUGAGAUCGAGAUCGCAGUAAGAUUAGACUUCCCGGCCACAAACAAUGAAGCCGAGUACGAGGCUCUGAUUCAAGGAUUGCAGACGGCAAUAGACGGAGGUAUAAGGCAAGUGGAUGUGUACACGGACUCACAACUUGUCGCGAUGCAGGUACAAGGUACUUAUGAAACGCGCGAAUGGUCCAUGACCCAGUACCAAGCAAGGGUGAAGGAGAUGAUGAAGAAGUUUGAUCGAUGCACGAUCAGUCAGAUUCCAAGGGAUGAGAACAUGCGAGCAGACACAUUGUCGCAGUUCGGAUCGUCGAUCGAGGGGAUUAAAGAAAGAAAGAUCACGGUAAGGGUGAAAUCUCAACCGGUGAUUGAAAAAGCAGAAGUCCAUCUGGUCGAGGCGGCAGAUUCUUGGAAAACGCCUUUAGUCAGAUAUUUGAAGCACGGAGAACUGCCAAAUGACACAAUUGCGGCCAAGAGACUGCAGUUCAAAGCUAACCGUUUUACUAUGAUAGGAGACGACCUGUACAAAAGAACCCCGGAAGGCAUUCUGUUAAAAUGCCUAGAUGCAGAGAGGGCGCAGUAUGUUUUGAGAGAAGUACAUGGAGGCAGCUGCGGAAAUCAUUCAGGAGGGAGAUCUUUGGCGCAGAAAAUUAUAAGGCAAGGUUAUUUCUGGCCUACGACCGCGGAGGACGCAAAGGAAUUCGCCAAAAAAUGCGAAAGUUGCCAGAAAUACGCUAGAUUGCUGCAUUCCCCAGCGACCCCUCUCGAGUCUUUGAAGGUCGCGUGUCCUUUUGAUAAAUGGGGGAUUGACAUUGUGGGUCCGUUUCCUCAAGCGGCGGCACAGAAAAAUUCCUGA